CUACAGACUGAUGCAGCUGCAUCGGAUCAGGUCCAAUCAGACAAUGGACCCUUUCGUAUUAAUGUUCUGGAAGGAAAAACAGUCACUCUGGAUUCUGGACUACAGAAACUAGAGAAAGACCACGACGUCAUGUGGACACAGGGUCAAGAUUUUUCUGGGGAUCAGAUCGCUCAGUGGAAAGCUUCUAUAGUCACAAUCAGUGAAAGCUACCAAGAUAUUCUGCAUCUGAAUCCAACCACUGGAGACCUCGUCUUCCUCAGAGUCACAAAAAGCCUGACGGGGUUUUAUUGUGUGAAGAUUUGGAAGGGCAGCGAGCCUCAUGUUCUGAGACAAUAUUACCUGCCCGUCUACGAAACCGUUUCUGUUCCAAACAUCACAGCAGAGCCGACCAGCGAUGGGACCUGCUACGUCAGCUGUUCUGUGGAGAAUGGACCGGAUGUAACCCUGACUUGGUACCAAGGAGAGAAACAAAUAAGCCAGACAAGCAACAACAACAUCUCCAUCAGUCCCACCCUCCUUUUGGAGAUUAACAGAGAGAAUAAAUCCAGCUACACCUGUGAGGCAAAUAACCCCAUCAGUACUGAAACCACCUCCAUCAACUCCACCCAGCUGUGUCCACCUCAUGGAUCAGGUACGCUUAGUUCAGUCUGAUGGAGACUAGUUCUUCCUGUUAGCAGCUCGUCUCCAUCGGUGUGGAAGGAUGGUGAGGAUUUCUACUUCCAGUUUAUGGAACAGGGAGCGUGUACAGCAGCACGGAUCACAGAAAAAACACUUUGUACCAGAUUGACGCUGAUUUCCAUCUGCAGUCCCUGAAACACACAGAAAUACAUCACACUUAGAAAAUACAAAGCACAUACACAGAGAAUAGUAGAAACAGACAUUCUUUGGUAAAAUAGUAGAGAAAAUGGGA